AUGUCGGAGCUGUUUGACAGUUACGCAUCCGAUCUCGAACAGCUCAAACAGGGCAUUCGUCAAAAGCUGGAUCAGGCGAAAUCGCAGAAUGGCGAGGCUAAAAAGUCGACUCUGCGACGAGCAGAGAUGGAGCUUGAAGAGGCGGACGAGGUGAUCUCGCAGAUGGACAUUGAAGUACAGGGAUUUCCGCAAUCGGUUCGAUCACGCUUUUCCGUGCAGAUCAGAGGCUUUAAGCAGGACUUGCAGACGCUCACGCAACAAGUUCGAGCAGGCUUAUCACCAUCCUCGCGCGGAUCGCGCGGCGCAUACGAUGCUGCGUAUGCCGAUGAAGAGACCGAUCUCGAAGCGGCCGAUGGUGCCACUGCGAAUCGUCAGAGAUUGUUGCACGCCACCGCCUCGCUCGAAGACGGCACAAGGAGGCUCGAGGAAUCAAAUCGUCUCGCGCUCGAAACCGAAGACCUCGGCGCUGACAUCCUGCGCGAUCUCAGAAGUCAGAGAGAGCAGAUCGAAAACUCAAGAAACACCCUCCGACAAGCUGACCAAAGCAUCGAUCGCUCCUCCAGGACGCUCUCCAAGAUGAUCCGUCGCGCUAAACAGCAAAAAUUGGUUACCGUAGGCAUCAUCGUCUGCCUCGUCCUCUUGAUCCUUCUCAUUCUGUACAACAAGCUCUUCUAA